AAGAUUGUGUGUAAAGCCUCCGAAUCCUGUGUCAGAAAGGCUUGGAAUGGAAUCAUUUUGCUUGUGCUCAGCUUCCUGUGAUGACAGCUGCCUUUCUCUCUGCUUGAGCGCUCUGCUUUGCACCUUGGAUUCCCUGGUAGGAAUCUUAACAUCUCUCUAUAUAUUUACUUAUUGGUGCUUAAAGCAUAUGCAGUGGUGGUUUUACUUGUAACUCUGGUUUUUGUCUCUUCAGUGUAUCUUUAAUUAGAAGUGCCUGCUGGCUUUCAGACAUGCUCAUCCCAGAGCCUUGCAUCCAGAAUGCGGUGCUACUUCUUCUCAAGCCUUGGUUAAUGCCAAAUUAUUUUAAGCAAAAACAGUAAAAAGGGAGAAUCUCUUUUUAGAUUUCGCCUUUGUUGGAUAGUGCUGCCAGAAAUCCUGCAUUUUGUCUGAGCUGGCUUUAUGUAAUGGCUUCUCCAUGGUAUUACCAUGGUGGCUGGGAAGCAGAUGUGACCAAGUGCAAGUGGUGUUUGUGUUUAGUUCCUCUGUACAUAUCCAAGGGCUUCACUUGGAUAUGCUGCCCCCCAGGUUGGAGAUGUGCAUGGAACUGUUUUCUGCUCAGUGCUGCAAGUUGUGGCAGUGUUCCAUUCAGAUGCAGGAUCCAUUUUCCCUGUGGAGAGAUUAGUUAUGAGCAUUGCUUCACAUGAAUCCCCCUUAGGGCAGGCAAACCCUGUGGAUAUUGUAGGAUGAGCCACAAAAACAUGAGGGUUUUUUUAUGGGCAAAGAACUGAGAGUCUCACAAAUAAAAAUGUUCUGCCUUUGAGCUGAGUGAGUGCUGCUCUGCAUUAAGCAGAGUGAGAACACGCUUCCCUCAGCCAUGAGGAAGGUGAACUCCAGUUUGUCUUGGUGAUGGAACAAAUUCAGGUUGUGUGGCCUCAUCCUGCCUCCCUGAGAUGCCCGUGCUGAAUUAUUCAUGCUGUGUUUUCUGGGAAUGCUGAGUUUGAAAUCCAUAAACAGCAAAAGGAGCAUGUUGGUGAAGGUGGCAUCUGCCUCACGCUCUGUCUCGCCGGGGUGGCUGAGUGUAGCAGUAGGAGCUGCAUUUGGUAGGUGUAGCUGUGAAUUCCCAUAAACACUCUGUUGUGGUUGUUCGUGGCAGUACGAGCUUGUUUGAGAAUACAAAGCACUUCAAAGGGAGGUUUCAAGGGAUGUUUCUUCCUUUAGAAUAAAAAUGCAAAUACUAUGUGACCUCAAAACGGGGAAAACCUCAUCCGUGGAGUAGAAAAGGGGAAGUGCUCCUGUGCAUAGUAAAAUAGGAACAGCUCUACAACUGAUUGCUAUUCCAAAUAGGGCACCAAGAAAGCAGUAAUAACUUACAGGCUUGAAACUGCCAAGGAGUUUGACCUGCUUACACUAAAUUCGUGCUCUGGGUUCUUUUCUAGAGGAGUCCCUCUCCUUUCUCUGAUGGAGAUUAACCCUCAAGGGCUAAAGUUGCUCUGUACAUGUGUUUGUGCAAAUGUGGGAGCCUGAGAGACAGCAGUGUUUGUGCUGAAACCGAGCAGGGGUGUUCCUGCUCUCAGAGGUGAAAAGCACACUCAGGAUAACUUGUAUCUGUCUCUUUAUUAGGUGUUUAAGAAUUGUUUUCCUUUGUUCCCUCCCCCAGGCAGAAUGGAAUUCAGGAAGAUGGGAUUACCCUGUUAUAAAGCUGACCCAUUGUGCUGCCUUUCAGCAUUUUCUUUAUCUCAUUUCCAGGGCAGGAACUCCCUCUCUUUCCCAUAAGGCUGUCCCUAUCCUUUUGAUGGGUUUAUACAGGAUUUCCUGCUGAGUCAAUAGCGGAGGAGUGCAGGGAGAUAGCAGUCGGGAUUCGCAGGGAGCCUGUGCUCAGCCGGAGGAGCCUCAGCCCGGCGGAGGCAGAGCAGCGCUGCCUUUUGACUUAUCCCUUGGAGCCCUCCACCCAGUCCCUCCAUGUCCAUAGCCAGCAAGCACUUCUCCCAUCAUGAGCACUGAAUUAAACGUUCCGGUGGAUCCUUCCACUCCUGCCUGCUGCUCUGAGCCUGGCACCAAGGGCAUGGAUUAUCGGGACUGGGUCCGAAGGAGCUACCUGGAGCUGGUCACCUCCAACCACCACUCUGUGCAAGCCCUGUCCUGGAGAAAACUGUACCUGAGCCGAGCCAAACUGAAAGCCUCCAGCAGAACCUCUGCUCUGCUCUCUGGAUUUGCAAUGGUGGCCAUGGUGGAGGUGCAGCUGGAGGUGCAGUACAAGUACCCCCAGAUGCUGCUGAUCGCCUUCAGCGCCUGCACCACGGUGCUGGUGGCCGUUCACCUCUUCGCCCUCCUCAUCAGCACCUGCAUCCUGCCCAACGUGGAGGCUGUGAGCAACAUCCACAACCUGAACUCCAUCAGUGAGUCCCCCCACGAGCGCAUGCACCCCUACAUCGAGCUGGCCUGGGGCUUCUCCACCGUCCUGGGCAUCCUCCUGUUCCUCGCUGAAGUCGUGCUCCUGUGCUGGAUUAAAUUCCUGCCAGUGGGCUCCAUCCUGAAAAACGAGACCACCAACGUGGAGAAGCCCAGCAGCCACGCAGGGUGGCAGUCAGCACUGGUGUCCACCAUCAUCAUGGUCCCUGUGGGUCUGAUUUUUGUCGUCUUCACCAUCCACUUCUACCGCUCCUUGGUGCGGCACAAAACGGAGCGGCACAACCGGGAGAUCGAGGAGCUCCACAAACUGAAAGUGCAGCUGGAUGGGCAUGACAGAGGCAUGCAGGUGGUGUGACAGAGCCUGCACACAGCUCAGCCAGGGCUGAGAGCAAAAUAACCUGGUCUGCUGCUUGGUGAGACGCACCAGGGAUGGAUUUUCUUGAGGCUUAAAUCUGUAAAUGCUACUUGCCUGCCAUUUCUAGCUGUGGGUUCUUGUGCUGUUCCACGUGCUGGGGGCUCUGCCCUGGUUCUGGUCCCACACACUUGGUACUUAAGUCGACACUGCCGUGGUGUUCAAGGUCAAAACUUUAUCUACCUUAAUAUUGGUAGCCAAAAAUCUGUAUUUUUUACAAAUGCAAUAUUCCAUUGCCAAAAGUGAAACUGCAUCGGCUGUCCCAAAGGUCUCUCUGUGUGUAUGUGUGUGUGUAGGACCUGUCUUACCUGUCAGAACUCCCUGGCUGUCAGUGCAGCCACAAUUAACUGGCAGCUCAUUCCUAGAGCAGAGCUGAUUAAUGUGGGUACCUGCAGCUGACUCAAGGACAUCCAGGAAAGCACAACAGAAACUGAGAAUGUUGAUCACCGUUGUUCCAAAGCAAGUAUUCUAUAAAUACAUAACCAGAAAGAAAACAGCCUUAGCUUUUAUGUUCUUUUUUUUUUUUUUUUGCUGUUCUUUACUGUAUUUUUACAGCUUGGGAUGUAGAAAUUGGAAUUGCAGGAAGCUGGGAAGUUCUCUCACACUUUCUUCAGUGGCAUCUGUCACCUUAGCUUGAGUAAGUGCCAAGAUCGUGUUUUUCCCAAUAACAGGCAGGAGUGCCCAGGGAAGGCUUACAGGUGUUUUAGAUUUUACAAGGACAUUCCUAAAACAGAACAGUGACAGGGAAUUUAAUGAGACAAGACUUUGAAGGACUAACAAAGCAAGUUUCAAGGAGGUAAAGGAGUGACAGCAAGUACUGUAGAAAUCUGCCACUGUGUCUUCUUCAUUUGUGCAUUGCUGCAAUGCCUUUUGCCUGGUUUGCUGGGGAGAACAAGCCGAGGCCUGUGUUAUUUCAUCAUUUGGGGGUUUGGUUUUUUUCUUUUUUUAAUUGGCUGUAGCAUUUAUCUGUCAGAAAUGAACGCUUCCUUCUCCCUUCACCAAAGCAGACAAGUCCUCUGGUGGAACCUGGAGCUGUCCUGGCGAGCCUGAUGGAGCUGGAUCUGGCAGGAAUGCUGUGUGCCAUUAAAGAGCUAUCCCUUUCCUUUGAGCUCAUUUCUUUUUUCAGCAGCUGAGACAAUGACACUUGCAUGUCUGUGUUGCUUUGCAAGGGAAGCUUGUUAAUUCCACAGCAUCCUCGUGGGUGAAAACUUCUGUAAAAAAGAAAACCGAUUUUAUUAUUUUGGGUAACUUUGUGGAGAGAAAAGAGUGUUUUGCAAUCAUCAGCUCUUUUAAGGGAAAGUCAGGCUUUCUGACACACAGGGCUGCAAGAAGCAUAAGCACAUUUUCUUGGCCCUGAUCCUGUGCUAGUUUCCUCCUCUGCACUCCAAAACUGCAGUUUCAGAGUCUCUGAGGCCUUAUAGGUUUCUGAAAUCAUUAAGGAUGUUUAUAAUGUUCUAUUUAACCCUGGGCCCUUACUCCACUGGGGUUUGAGGCAGUGUAAUGCAUGUCAGCUUCCCAGAAGGGACAGGACAUGCAAACCCCAGGGGAGCAGGGUGGGCCUAUCCCAAUAUUCCCCUGUCAAGGGCCUUGGGAAACCACCUCUCAUCUCUCUUGUUUACAUGGGAAUGUGAGCAUUGCUGAACAAGUUGCUUAGCACUGUGUCUGUGGCUUUCAUCUGCUGUUCUUGCUGCAGUUGGCAUGUACCAUAUUGGCUGAUGUGCAGCAAAGAAAAUAGUCUUUGUGUGCUAAAUGACUAAUCUGUACUCAUGUGCAUAUGCAAAAAACAAGGAGUGUCCUCCAGGAAGUGGGGUGGUCAUGAUAUUCAUAUGAACUCCCCAGGACUCUCCCCUCUCUCCCUCCUCUUUUUACCAUAAUAAAAAUUUAAAGGUUUAUACAACAGAAUCAGAGUUGGGUUCUCUGCCAAGUGCUACACGUGUCAGCUCCUCUACCAACAGAAUUUCUGUUGAGAGGCCAGAGCCAGACCAGAUGGGAUGAAUCUCUCAUCUGUACUUUGCACUCUCCUUUAAUAUCAGUGAUAGCAGGACCUUGUGUGCUGAGGGGCUGUCAAGGAAAGUAUUGCAUCAUUUUUGCAAUAUCUUUUUAAACAGCUUCCCCCUGUGCAUACGGUGCUGCAAAAGCAAUUCAGCUUGUCUGGAAACAGUCAGAUCAUUCAUUUAAAUUUGCAACAGCAAAUUGAGAAAAGCAGCAGAAACUGCGUUGAUUUUGUAGAAUAACUCAUUCAGGCUUGGGUGGGAUUGCAUUCAAGAUCAGUCUCAAGUCAGUGCAUCUGUGACUGGAGUGGGACCACCUUGCUCCAGGGGUGAGUCUGAGGUGCAGUUUGGGAUGGUGUCCCAAGGGCAAAUGCUCCUAAAACAGAGCAAUAACUUGCUCCCUGUCUUUGCUUGCAGCUUUGUUUCUUGUGUCUCUCUGGGCACUGAGUUCUCCCUUCCAUGAGAAGUUAAUGGGGGUAUUUUUGCUCUUUGAUUCUCAAGGUUACCCAUCCACCUUCAUGCUGUAACUCCUCUCCCUUCCCAACAACAACACUUGCUUUUCUUGCUCCUGCCUCUCUUCCUGCAAUUUACAUUUUCAGCACUGUUGGGUCCAGGUUUGUGUUGCAGAAAUGUUACCUGUGGUUCCAGGCACAGGAGUUCAUCCAUAAAGGAAGGAGUGGGGAUGUUGUACUUGUCCAGCUGGGUGUUUCUGUGCUCCAGCACCACAAAAUCCUCCUUGCUCCUGUGGCUGUCAGCAGGAUUCCCAUCAGCCAAGCCAGCCUUUCCACACUGUCACUGCUGUCCCAACAGGGCUGCCAGCUCUCUGUGGCACGUCUGGGUUUGUGUGGCCGUCCCUGGCCACGUCUGUCCUGUGCUGUCACCUCUCUGUCAUUCCUGGAGUGUCUGUUGUUCUUGGAGUGUCCCAGGUUUUGUGUGGCUGCAAUCCUGCCAUGCCUGCAUGGAGAUGCUUCUCCCAAGGGUUCCACCCUCAGCUGGAGAGUGUUGAGGAUCUCCUGUGGUGUUUGUUGGCUUUCUGUGCCAGCUUUGGGCUCUGGGCUGCUGCACUCUGGGGUGGCUGCUGCCCUAAUUCUCAGCCCCCUUGGGCUGUGGUUCUCUGGACCAGCCAUUGCCUUGUGUGAGCUAUUUCUCCAAUUUUUAUGCUGGAGCUUAGCACAGGGACAGCCAUGAUCUAGGGACAGCCAUGAUCUUGCUUCAGAUUAUUUUUUUUUGGCCAGUUUUUGCCCAGCAGGAAAAUGCCUCUGCAGGCACCAGUGCUGCAGAGACCCUGCUGCCCACCCUAAAGCAGGGAAGGAGCUCUCAAGGACAGGGGAACAACAAUUCUUUGUAUCAUUCCCAUGCACCAGCCUUGGUUAGAAAGCAAUUCCUCUCUCCCUUUCUAUCUUGGCAGGAGUAAAGAAGGUAAUGAAAGUAAAGACCGCGAGCUGGAGGGAGCAGGAUCGGGUUCUCCCUUUGCAGGAUUCAGUGGCAGCUCUCACUCUGUGGUCUCCCUAUUUUUAACAUCGCCCCGGGGCCGGGCUGGCUCCCCUGUUGCAGUGGAGAGGAGGCUCUGGGGGAAACUGUGACCGUGAGAGGCGGAGUCGUGUUGGAUUUGAGCAUGUGAGGGAUGAAAGUGACACCGUGCGAGAGCUCCUGGCCGAGGGAGGGCUGGAAAUGUUUCUGGAGAGCACCGGGCUGGGUGCAGCUGCAGAGAGAACAUCCCUCCACAUCCUUCCUUUCCACAUCCUUCCUCUGGGAUGUGGGGAUGAGCAAUCCCAAACGGCCUCGAGGUUAUCUGUGCUGGGCUGGGGGUGGAGGUGCUCCUCCUGCCUUUCACAAUGUGCUUUCUUUUCCUUUUUCCUUUUUCCUUUUUCCUUUUUCUUUCCCUUCCCUUCCCUUCCCUUCCCUUCCCUUCCCUUCCCUUCCCUUCCCUUCCCUUCCCUUCCCUUCCCUUCCCUUCCCUUCCCUUCCCUUCCCUUCCCUUCCCUUCCCUUCCCUUCCCUUCCCUUCCCUUCCCUUCCCUUCCCUUCCCUUCCCCCUUUCCUUUUCUUUUCUUGCCUUCUAAUAAACAAAAAGGCCUUGGAGUUUCCCUGCUGCUGUAGAUUCCUUAUCUUUUAAAUCUCAUUGCAUCAGCUUCCUCAACGCCCCCUCAAGCUGCAAUCAAAUUCAGCUGGGCCAGAGGGGAUAUUUUCUGGUUAACUCACAGGUUCUCUCCCCUGCAGCCAUUUCAAAGCAGUUUCAGUAAUUAAAAUUGACUGGCUGGAUUUGGACAGUAUUUCCCUGAAUCCCUCUGUAUCCAGCUGGGAGCUUGCUUUCUGCCCAGAGGUGUGACAGCCAUGAGUGCUAAGAGAAAAAGAAAAAAAUCUGUAUUUCAGCUUUGCCUAUUCUUGUUUUACCUCUGCAUGAACAAUAUUUAAUGUAGAACAACGAAUGUAUCUCAGUUAUUGUCCAGCUGUGUGAGAGAAACUGGAUAAACUCACUCAGUUUUAUGCUUCUUGGUGAUUUCAGACUGAUUUCUUGAAAGGCAGCUCAAGUCCUCCAGCAUCUUCUUAUGGGUUAACUUGGGUUCUGCUUUUUUGAAGAAAGUUUGGUCAGAUAUUAUCAUUCUCCCUUUGCAGUGCACAAGGAGAUAACAAUUAAAUGUACUUCCUUUUAAUGAGGGUCUGGGUCUUGGCACGGCAUUUACAAGGAGGUUAAGGAGACAAGAAACUCCUGUAACAGAGAGACCAUUAAAGUUUGUCUUCUGUUAAUAAUAAUACCAGCUUAGUGGACAAAAUUACU